UAAUAAACACCAUAAUAAUAAUAAUAAGAAGAAGAAGACGCUUUUGCGACAGUCGUAUUCUGCGACUACAUAAACAAGAUGGCGUCGGGUAGCGGGUCCAGUAAGAAUGACUUCCGUCGGAAGUGGGACAAAGAUGAGUAUGAACACCUUGCCCAGAAACGCCUGGCUGAGGAGAGAGACAGAGAAAGGAGAGAUGGGAAAACGGUUCCACCGGUCAAGCGGGACCUCCUACGCCACAGAGACUAUAAGGUGGAUCUGGAGUCCAAGCUGGGGAAGACCAUUGUCAUUACCAAGACCACUCCUCAGGCUGAGAUGGGCGGUUAUUAUUGUAAUGUCUGUGACUGUGUGGUGAAAGAUUCCAUCAACUUCCUGGAUCACAUCAAUGGCAAAAAACACCAGAGGAACCUGGGUAUGUCGAUGCGGGUGGAGCGCUCGUCUCUGGACCAGGUGAAGAAACGCUUCGAAGUGAACAAGAAGAAGCUGGAGGAGAAGCAGAAGGAGUAUGACUUUGAGGAGCGCAUGAAGGAGCUGCGGGAGGAGGAGGAGAAGGCGAAGGCCUACAAGAAGGAGAAGCAGAAGGAGAGGAAGCGUCGGGCGGAGGGCGACAUGGACUUUGAGGAGGACGACGAGAUGGCAGCAGUGAUGGGCUUCUCAGGUUUCGGUUCGUCUAAGAAGAGUCACUGACGCUCUGCAGCUUGGCUCCACGCUCACAACCACCUUGCACAAGGACACGAAACUGGUUUCUGCUCCGCCCCCUGUCAGUCAGAGGGGUUUUAGACCAGAACCAGACUCCAAACCCAGGAAGGAGGAGUCCUGCUGCAGCCUGCACUCAUUGCUCCACUGUCUGCUCACUGUCCUGGUUCAGACUUAUUCUGGUAGUUUAAUCCAUCGCUCUGUCCAUCCUGAUGACAUUAACUCAGCAGCUUCCUGUCGAAGAUACAGGUGGAGACGAAGGUGAAGGUGAACAUGUUUGUAAUAAUGUCGUAGUGAACACAUUGGUUUUCUGUCUGCAGUGACGCUGCUGAGUGGAACGUCAUCAGAACGAACAUGAGACCAACAAACUGCAAAAAGUUUCCUUAAGUUCAUACAGAAUACUUUGAAAAAGGUAAAAUGUGAUGUUUUGACAGAGUAUCAUACCAAUUAGUUAACAGAAUUUGACUGUUAUGUGCAGCGGAGAAGGAAGCAAAGCUACAUCGACUACAAGAGCUGAAGAGAAAUAAGUCACAUUUUAAUUUAAAAAUUAUUUGUGUCAUCAGGAUAUAAAAAGCUCAAAGAGCCACGAGUUCAGUUGUUCACAGGGGCCACUGGAAUUUUAAUAAACACUGUUUUGUUUUUUUUU